CCAAUAUUUAAUCACGUGACAUUCACGCGCGGCGAAUUUGUGUUUGACCGAUCGACGGUUGCCAACAUUUCUGGAUAUAGACGGGGCUAAAGUAGAUCCAGUAACUUUUUAAUGCAAUUCUUGUAGAUUUUUUAGCUUAUUUGUUCCAAAAUGCCACGGCCAAUGCAAACACACAAAACGCCGUCCUCUGCGAGUAAACGGAAAAAAGAUACACCUCGCAAGCGGCAAGGAGCAACUUUGAUUGGAACACCAGCCGCACCUCCAGCGGGGAGAGGUGGACAAGCGUCCGGCUCCACACCGGAGACACAGCACCGAAAAAUGAGAAAACCACCCAGGUUCCGACCAGGAACGCGAGCUCUCAAGGAGAUCAGAAAAUACCAGAAGAGUACUAAUCUACUGCUCAGGAAGCUGCCCUUUGCUCGAGUGGUAAGGGAAAUUUGUCUUAUCUUAAACCCAUCAUCACUAAAUCGCUGGCAAGCUGCAGCUAUUAUGGCAUUACAAGAGGCAGCGGAAGCGUUCCUCGUCCAUCUCUUUGAAGACUCCAACCUGUGUGCCAUCCAUGCCAAGCGAGUCACUGUGAUGCCCAAGGACAUGCAACUCGCUCGACGGAUACGCGGGAGAACGGACGGCCUCGGGUAGAAGGAUCCUUUCACAUAUUGCAUUUUAAUGAUUCUAGUAUAUAUAUGUGAUUUACAGACAGUGAUCCUCUUUUAUACCUCGUUUAUUCCACCAAAAUGGAUCCCAUGCCAACCGAUGACUGUCAAACCAUUGGCCAUUUUGAAUUCUGGACUUUUAUCUCCUGUUGAGAACCAGAAGGGUGUUAAAUCGUAUCAUUUAAAACCGAGUUACUGCCCUUCUGGCUCCAAACAGACAUUGUUUGGUCUAUUGUUGGUCUUGUUAUUGUGACUACUAGUAUCACUCACUAUUAAAAGGAGAAGUGAUUUUGUAGGAAAUGGAUGGAAUUUUCACAUUUUGAAAUUGUACAUGUAAGUAGAAAUGUUUCAAGAGGAUCUCCUUUUCUAUCUUGUGUCGAUAUUUAAUUACUCACACAUGUCACUCAAGAAUUCACCAUUUAUAAACAAUGUUUUGAAUUUCUGCCUCAAUAAGAUAUACAUAUAUUAUAAGUUAUUAGAUUCCUAUAGAUUUUCUUGUUGAUAUUUCAGGAAGUUUCAUAAGAAUUGACAUUUUCCCAUUGGUAUAUAUACAGAAUAUAUCAGAUUACAUACCCGAGUUAAUGUUUUGUAUUACGAUCUCAUGAAUUCACUUUCAUUUGAAAGAUGAUCGCUGUCUGUAUUGUAGAUAUUAGUGUAUAUUUUAGUGGUUUGUAAAUACAAUUCUUUAUAAACUUUGGAUAUUGAGAUAUUUUUAUGCAUCUCCGUUUGUUCCUCCACCAAUAUGUGUUAUAGUGAAUAUUUUAGUGAUAGUAUUUUACCUUGUCUGAGUUAAAAUUGUAUCCACACUUCCUGCACUUGAAGCCCACAUGUAGCUAUGAGUGCCAUGUAAGACCAUUUUUAUACAUAAGGCUCAUUUAGAUAUGAUCCAUCAAAACUGCAGCGUUUUUCUCUCUUUUUAAUGAUGUGAAAUGUAAUAAGCAUAGCAUUUGUACAAAAAAAACCUGUUGAGGCUUUUUUGCGGUUUACUGAGCCAUAUCUGAACAAGCCCAAACUUCUAAGGACUUCUAAAAAGUUUGAUGUGCCACCACAUAAUGUUGGUGCUGCCCACUGACGUGGGGGCUCUUUGACUUUCACUGGGAAACUCAAAGUGUACCAAUCUCCUUAAAAAAUAAUUUAUGUAUAAGUAGAAUGUAUGAAAUCACCUUUACAAAAAUAUUACCUAGCAUUGUAUUACUGAAUGGUUAAGGAGUAUGAAGAAAAUAAAGAAAAACAUAAAACCCUGCCUAUAGGGCGUGCACAGGCUCAAAGUCAGACUUAGGGUUCCGCGCACACCCUAUUCUAUGCGAGUGUGUAGGUGUGUUUUCAGUAGUCUAUUAAACGAGACGUUUUACAGUUCACCGGGAGUGUAUUUGAACUGUGAUAUUUAUCUCUUUGUAGAAUAAAUGUUUGAAACUCAUAGUUUGACUACAGGUAUAGUAACACGGAACCCUAUCAAGAGUCUAACACGUUUUGGUGAUCCAUACUCUUUAAAUGGACUUGAAUGUGAAACUGAUUAUUGUUGCCACUUGUCAGUGAUCAUUGUAAAUCCAUGGUUUUAGCGCGUAUAUGUUGUCUUGAAGUUGAUACAAUCAUCUCUAAUCUACUCAUGAACUAGAAGUUUUAUACGUGAUCAAAAGUUUAAUUGCAAAAUUGAGAGAAGUUGUUUCACUUCUCUGUUUUGUCUUCAAGUUUCACAUACUUUUUAUCUUCCAGUUUUUAAACAAGUGAGACCAAUUUUAAGUGUAUAUUUCUCUAAAAAUUGAUUGAUAAAAAAUUAUAUUUGAUGUCCAAAAACAGUAUUUUCUAAUUGUACAAUGUAGCAGCAAUUGAUGCAUAUUAAUGGAAUCGUUUUUUGAAUUGUAAAUACUUUGUAAUUUGUGAAUGAAGCAUUCUAUCUAUCUUUAGAAAUUAGGAGGAGUCUCAAGUUUUGUUACAUAUUUCAAAAUAGUAUGGAGAAGUUGAAUGAGUAAACAAAAUGCGCAAGUCUUUUGUUGCGCGCAGCUGCAAUUCAAUUACACGUUUACCACCCCAUAUCAGAACUCCCCUGCAUGUUGGACUGUAUUUUAUAUGCUGAAUGUUUGAUACCUUAAUUUUUUUCUUCUGGAGAGGCAGUGUUCUGUUAAAUUUAAAACUGAAAUUAAAAAUAAUAAAAUGAAAAUGAGUCUUUUAAAUGUGUGCAGAUACAUGUAUUUCCAAUGAAAUCUACCUAUUAGACUAGCAGGUCAAGCUGUAUGGUAUAAUACAUUUAAAUUCCUUUCCUUUGAAACAAAAGUGCCUGAAGUAAAUUGGUACACAUUCAUUCUGCCAAUUAGUAUGGAAAGUCUAAAGGAAAGCUGUCAUACUUCCAUUGUUUCUUUUGAAAGCUGACUGUGCUUCUAAUGGUUCAUGGUACGAGUCCCAACUGCAGUACUAACAUCGUUUGGCGUGGCAUCAGUCUGCAUUUGCCAGUCUUAACCCAGGUUUGGUAAAUGGGUACCGAGUAGGAAGUACAGUCUAUACUUGUAAUUGCUUGAAUGCUUUCAGCACCUCAGGGCAGCUAGGCUAAAGCCUAAAGCCAGGGUAAUAGUGGUACAGUCAAACCUGCUUUAGUGAUCACCUGUCUGCAAAGACCACAUUUUUGUUUCCCUUGAAAAUGGUUUCUCAUUAAAACAUGUACUAAAGGAACCUGUAUAUAAAGACCACCUGCCUGUAAAGACCACUUUUCUUGUCUCCCUUGGGUGGUCUUUAUAGACAGGUUUUACCGCAAGUGCAUCGAGUAUCCCCAUGGGUGGAUGUACAGUAUGCCCAAUAUGUAACUAUUUCUGUAUUAUUGUUUCAAAGGAUUGUAUACAAAUAGUCAUGUCAUAUUUUAAAUGCUGGUAUGGUAACUCAAGUUGUUAUUAAAUUAUAAUGGUUUCAAAGGACAACAUUCUGGGUUUACGACAACAGAAGGGCAUAAAUGUAUGUAGUCUCAUUUUGUGUGUAUCAUUUUUCAUGCAUGCAAGAUGUGAUGAUUAUUGAAUGAUAAUAACCACUGUACCUUUGAAGUCUGAAAAAUUUACUCAAAUCUCAGGUAAUGUACCAUUUUUUACAAGGCUUAUUCCCCCAUACUUUUUAUGAAGUCACUUUAUGAACACACUUUAUGAACACAGCUUCUUGCAUUCUUCAAGAGUACAUUUGUAGAUACAAUUGUUGAAAUUCAGAAUACCGGUAGGCAAUUUCUUGUACAUUCUACCACUAUUUGAAAAAGCCUUGCCAAUAAAAUUGUGUUUUGUUUUGAUAAA